AUGUGGAAUUAUUCAAGAGAGUGGAUGUACAACAGGAUCGAUCAAGACACAAAUCAUAUCUCGAAGGCAUUUUUGGAGGGGGUAGAUCAGUUCAUAGCUUUUGCAAGUAACCAGUCAUCAGCACAUAACAGUGGAGGUAGGUUUCUCUACCAAUGUAUUAGAUGUCAAAAUGAAAAGUCAUUUCAUGCUCGUACGAUCUCAUCGCAUUUGCAUAGUAGAGGAUUCACGCCUGGAUAUUAUGUAUGGUUUGAACAUGGUGAGGAUUAUAAUGUGGUUGGGGAAGGAACGAGUAGUCAUUAUGGUAAUGUAGAUUAUACGUGGGGUGGUCAAUCAGUAGAAUUUGAUGGAGGGAAUGGUGGGAAUGUAUUUGCUGGUAUGGUGAAUGAUGCAUUUCAUGGUACUACACCAUUUAAUCAGUAUCAUCAACAUGAACAUGAAAGUGGAUCUCAUGUUCAUGAAGAACCUACCCAAGAUGCAAAAUGGUUUUCUGAUAUGUUAGAUGCUGCAAAUAAUCCAAUUUAUGAUGGGUGUCGGGAAGGUCAGUCGAAAUUGUCGUUGGCUGCUCGUUUCAUGAACAACAAAGUAGAUCAUAAUUUAUCUGAAACCUGCAUGGACUCAUGGGCUGAAUUAUUUACGGAGUAUUUACCAGAGGGUAAUCAGGCAACCGGUUCAUACUACGAGACAGAGUCUUUGAUGCGAAAGAUAGGAUUGCCGUACCAUACAUUUGAUGUAUGUAUAGAUAAUUGUAUGCUCUUCUGGAAAGAAGAUGCGAAGUUGGAGCAUUGCAAGUUUUGUGGAAAACCAAGGUACAAGGACACUGAGGGAAGAAAUAGAAUACCUUUUAGUCGUAUGUGGUAUUUACCUAUUACUGACAGAUUGAAGAGAAUGUACCAAUCAGAGAAGACUGCAUCGGCGAUGAGAUGGCAUGCUGAGCAUGAUUCAGAAGACGGAGUAAUGUGUCAUCCAUCUGAUGCAGCAGAGUGGAAGAAUUUCCAAUAUCUGCAUCCUACAUUUGCAGGAGAAACAAGAAACGUUUAUCUCGGAUUAUGUACAGAUGGUUUUAAUCCUUUUGGCAUGUCCAAACACCAUUCGUUAUGGCCUAUAAUCUUGACACCAUACAACUUACCUCCGGAUAUGUGCAUGAACAGUGAGUAUUUGUUCCUAACAAUUCUGAAUUCAGGACCAAAUCAUCCAAGAGCUAGUCUUGAUGUUUUCCUCCAACCGUUGAUCGACGAGUUAAAGGAGCUAUGGUACAACGGGGUUGAAGCCUAUGAUGUUUCGUUAGAUCAAAACUUCAACCUUAAAGCUGCGCUUUUAUGGACUAUUAGCGAUUUUCCGGCAUAUGGUAUGUUGUCAGGAUGGACUACUCAUGGGAGAUUAUCAUGUCCUAUUUGUAUGGAUGAUACAAAUGCUUUUUGGUUGCCGGCUGGUAGAAAGACAUGUUGGUUUGAUUGUCACAGGAGGUAUCUUCCUACAAAUCAUCCACUGCGGAAGAAUAAAAAUAACUUUCUAAAGGGAAAACAUGCUUUGAACGAUUAUCCACCGCCAUCUCUGACUGGAGAAGUUAUAUAUCAGCGUAUAAGGCAAUCUAAAGCACCUAAAACAUCUAUCUGCGGUGGAAAUGGUCAUGAAGAUAAAGUGGAAGGCUAUGGAAAGUGGCAUAAUUGGCAUAAAGAAAGCAUAUUUUGGGAGUUGCCUUAUUGGGUUGAUCUGAUUCUACGACACAAUCUUGAUUUGAUGCAUAUCGAGAAGAAUAUGCAUGAUAAUAUCAUGUAUACUACUAUGAAUGUUAAAGAUAGAUCAAAAGAUACAGUGAAGUCAAGAUUGGACAUUAAAAGAUUUUGCUCUCGGAAAGAAUUGCAUGUAGAUGACAGAGGGAGAGCUCCAAUUCCUGUUUGGAGGUUGACUCCAAAAGCAAAAGAAUGCCUAUUAGAAUGGGUCAAACAUGAGGUUAAAUUCCCUGACGGCUAUGUAUCAGAUUUGGCUAGUUGUGCAGACAUCAACGGUGGAAAGUUCUCAGGAAUGAAAAGUCAUGAUUGUCAUGUAUUUAUGGAACGACUGCUUCCGUUUAUAUUUGCAGAACUUCUACCGCGAAAUGUGCACCUUGCAUUAUCAGGGCUUGGAGCAUUUUUCCGUGAUUUAUGCAGUAGAUCGUUGGAACAAACCCGCCUUGAGGUUCUGAAGGAGAAUAUUGUGAUGAUUUUGUGUAAUUUGGAAAAAAUCUUUCCGCCUUCUUUCUUUGAUGUGAUGGAGCACUUACCUGUACAGCUCCCAUACGAAGCACAACUUGGUGGUCCUGUGCAAUACAGAUGGAUGUAUCCUUUCGAACGGGAGAUAAGGUAUAAUGAAGGUGAAGUACCUGUUUUUCCUGUACCGGUACCAGAGAUAUUCACUUAUGUGGGUCGUCCAAGUGGAAAAUGUAGUGAAUUUUGGUUAAGUGAAAAAGAGUACAAAUGUGCACAUGCAUAUGUUUUGCGCAAUUGUGACUAUUUUAGGCCACUUGAGAGGUUAUUGGAGGCGCAUAUUCGAUAUGGUGAUCCAGAACUUUCUGAGGCUGAAGUCAUCUAA